UGGUGCCCGUUGAUUUUGCCUGCUAGUUGUUGUGCUCUGUGUGUCCGGUGUUCUGUCAGGUUUUGUCUCCGCUCUCGUAACGAGAUGUCUGAGGAUACAGAACGCUCCGAUGGCCGCAUUGUCAAGAUGGAAGUGGACUACACUUCUACAGUGGAUCAGCGGCUCCCGGAGUGCGAGAAGCUGGCUAAGGAAGGAAAACUUCAAGAAGUGAUUGAAACAUUGCUUUCCUUGGAAAAACAGACCCGAACGGCUUCUGACAUGGUAUCUACAUCUCGUAUCUUGGUUGCUAUUGUAAAAAUGUGUUAUGAAGCUAAAGAUUGGGACCUGCUUAAUGAAAACAUCAUGCACUUGUCAAAGCGCAGAAGCCAGCUCAAACAGGCAGUUGUUAAAAUGGUGCAGCAGUGCUAUACGUACGUGGAGGAAAUCGCAGACCUUCCUAUCAAAUUACGGUUGAUUGAUACACUUAGAACGGUUACAGAAGGAAAGAUAUAUGUAGAAAUUGAGCGUGCUCGUCUUACAAAGACCCUAGCUACUAUCAAAGAACAAGCAGGAGAUGUAAAGGAAGCUGCUGCCAUUUUGCAAGAGCUGCAGGUAGAGACCUAUGGAUCAAUGGAAAAGAAAGAGAAAGUUGAAUUUAUCUUGGAGCAAAUGCGACUCUGUUUGGCUGUUAAAGAUUACAUUCGUACCCAGAUCAUCAGCAAGAAAAUCAACACUAAGUUUUUCCAAGACGAAAGCUCAGAGAAGCCAAAACUGAAGUAUUACAAUCUAAUGAUCCAAGUUGAUCAGCAUGAAGGGUCCUAUUUAUCCAUCUGUAAAUCCUACAGGGCGAUUUAUGAUACCCCCUGCAUACAGGCAGAAAGUGACAAGUGGCAACAGGCACUUAAGAGCGUGGUGCUGUAUGUAAUUCUGGCCCCAUAUGACAAUGAACAGUCAGACCUGGUACACAGAAUAAGCACAGACAAAAAACUGGAGGAUAUCCCCAAAUACAAGGAUCUCCUAAAACUUUUCACUACAAUGGAACUGAUGCGUUGGAGUACUCUGGUAGAGGAGUAUGGGAAAGAACUGAGAGAGGGUUCUCUAGACAGCACUGCAACUGAUGUGUUCAGUUUUACAGAGGAAGGCGAAAAGAGGUGGAAUGAUUUGAAGAACAGAGUUGUAGAGCACAAUAUUAGAAUAAUGGCAAAAUAUUACACUCGUAUCACAAGAAAACGGAUGGCACAACUCCUGGAUCUGUCAAUUGAUGAAUCCGAGGAGUUCCUUUCCAAUCUAGUAGUCAACAAGACUAUUUAUGCCAAGGUAGAUAGAUUGGCCGGUAUAAUCAACUUCCAACGGCCAAAGGAUCCAAAUGACCUUUUAAACGACUGGUCCCAGAAACUAAACUCUUUGAUGUCACUUGUAAACAAGACCACACAUCUCAUAGCCAAAGAGGAAAUGAUCCACAACUUGCAGUGAGCCAAGCUCCACCUUUAGUGAUUCUUUUUGUGUUAAAAAGAUGCAUCUAAACAGCGUCUCCUAGCCAGGCUGAGAAAUGUUAGUUUUAUCAGCAUUUCUACCUUUCUCCAGAGGGGGUUGUGGUUAAUAAUAAGAUGGUCCAUUGUAUAUUUUUUUUAUGGUCGCAAGACUUCAAGCAAGAAUUCAAGGAGAAUGUUGUGUUAUUUUUUUUUUCUUUUGUGUUUGAUCAUAAUAAAACACACACAUGAACUGUUA